GGCGGCGGCAGCGGGAGGAGCCGCCGCCCGCGCCCCCGCCCGCGGAGCUGAGGCGGGAGUCCGGCGGGCAGCGUGGGGCCGCGAGGCGCGCGUCGAGCUCGGGGCCGGCGCUCCGGCCGCCAGCGCCGCGGCCGGGAGAUGUGCCCGGAGGAGGGCGGCGCGGCCGGGCUGGGCGAGCUCCGCUCCUGGUGGGAAGUCCCGGCCAUCGCGCACUUCUGCUCGCUCUUUCGCACGGCGUUCCGCCUGCCCGACUUCGAGAUCGAGGAGCUGGAGGCGGCGCUGCACCACGAUGACGCCGAGUUCAUCAGCGACCUCAUCGCCUGCUUGCUGCAGGGCUGCUACCAGCGCAGGGACAUCACGCCCCAGACCUUCCACAGCUACCUCGAGGACAUCAUCAACUACCGCUGGGAGCUGGAGGAGGGGAAGCCCAACCCGCUGCGCGACGCCAGCUUCCAGGACCUGCCUCUGCGCACGCGGGUGCAGAUCCUGCACCGGCUCUGCGACUACCGGCUGGACGCUGACGACGUCUUCGACCUGCUCAAGGGCCUGGACGCCGACAGCCUCCGCGUGGAGCCGUUGGGGGAGGACAAUUCUGGGGCUCUCUACUGGUAUUUCUAUGGCACUCGGAUGUACAAGGAGGACCCGGGACAAGGAAAAUCCAGCCGAGAUCUCGCCCUGAGCAGGGAAAGCGAAGGACAGAGAAGUGUCUCCAGUGUCCCUGGGAAAACAGGAAAGAGAAGAGGAAGACCCCCCAAACGGAAGAAGCUACAGGAGGAGCUCGUGGUGAGUGAAAAGCAGGAAGAAAACUUGGCACCCGAGCCGCAGGCAAGAAAUGGGUCGCAAGGGCCCGGCCACGGCACCUGGUGGCUCCUGUGCCAGACGGAGGAGGAGUGGAGGCAGGUCACGGAGAGCUUCCGGGAGAGGACCUCCCUGCGGGAGCGGCAGCUCUACAAGCUCCUCAGCGAGGACUUCCUGCCCGAGAUCUGCAGCAUGAUCGCCCAGAAGGAGACGCCCGCGCUCGCCCGAGGGGAGAAGCGGAAGCGCCGGGAGGAGGAGGAGGAGCGCCAGGUCCUGCUCGCCGUGCAGAAGAGGGAGCAGGAGCAGAUGCUGCGGGAGGAGAAGAAGCGGGAGCUGGAGGAGAAGGUCAAGGCGGUGGAAGACCGAGCGAAGCGGCGGAGGCUCCGGGAGGAGCGGGCGUGGCUGCUGGCGCAAGGGAAGGAGCUGCCCCGCGAGCUGGCGCACCUGGACCCCAGCUCCCCCGCCAGGGACGAGAGAAGGACAAAGGACAUCUUUGAGCUGGAUGAUGACUUCACCGCCAUGUACAAAGUCCUAGAUGUGGUCAAGGCGCACAAGGACUCCUGGCCCUUUUUGGAACCUGUGGAUGAAUCAUAUGCCCCAAACUACUAUCAGAUCAUUAAGGUCCCCAUGGACAUUUCAAGCAUGGAGAAGAAGCUGAACGGAGGCUUAUACUGCACCAAGGAGGAGUUCGUCAACGACAUGAAGACUAUGUUCCGGAACUGUCGGAAAUACAACGGGGAGAGCAGCGAGUACACCAAGAUGUCGGACAACUUGGAGAGGUGUUUCCACCGGGCGAUGACGAAGCAUUUUCCUGGCGAGGACGGGGACACUGACGAGGAGUUCUGGGUCAGAGAGGACGAGAAGCGGGAGAGGAGGCGGAGCCGGGCGGGGCGGGGCGGAGGCAGCCAGGUGUGCACCCGCGCCCGGGACCCCGAGGGCCCCAGCAGGAAGCAGCCACCCACGGAGAACGGAGGGAAGGGGCUGCCACCGGCCCGCCGAGCGCCCUCCUCCUCCGGAGCCGGUCCCAGCAGCAGCUCCUCGCAGCUCCCGCGGGACCUGGGGGCUGCCAGCGUCCGGGGCCUCCCUCGCCCCCUGCCCUGCGGUGGGAUGCCCAGCCAGGCGCCCCUCCCGAACCCAACGAGGCCUGCAGUGCCCGGGACGUUGGGCCCUCUUCGCGGGUCGGAUCCCGCCGGCGUGUAUGUCCCCGUGGGGGUCCCGGAGCCGCACCCUGGGGAGCCUGUCCAGCAGCGGCAGCCGUUCACCGUGCAGCCUCCGGUCGGGAUGAGCAAGCACCGCGGGCCCAGGCAGGGCGCGCCCGAGGAGAAGCCUGUGUGUGGGGGGCUGGCGCACCUCUCCCAUGUGGGGCCGCACCCAGGGCCCCUGCCUUUGGGGCGCCUGAGCGGCCCCCCCGGUCAGGAUGGCAGCAUGUACCCCGCGGCCCAGCUCCAGCCUGGGCUGAUGGCUCCCAGGCACGGAGGGGUUCCAGCCCGGCCCCUGGACUUCCCCGAAAGCUCAGAGAUGCCCCCCGGCCACAUGUUCCGGUCCUACAAAUACCUGAACCGCACCCAUCCCGCUGUCUGGAACGGGAGCCACGGUGCGGCGAACGUGGGGCCGGGCGACAAGGCCCUCCUGGAGCCUGGGCCCUCGCACCCACCGCGCAGCCUGGGCCCCCCGGGGGACUCCCGGGGGGCGAGGCCGCCGCUUCCUCCCAGCCAGUGGGCCGAGCGCCCCAGCUUCCUACCUCACGGCGUUCCUUCUUCAGGGUAUGUGCGGCCACCGUGCCGGCCCGCCGGGCACCGGCUGCAGCCGCCGCCGCUGGCCCCGGGCCCCCUGUUUGGAGCCCCGUCCCCGGCUCUGCGCGGGGUGCAGGGCGGGGACUCCAUGAUGCAGAGCCCCGAGAUGCUGGCCAUGCAGCAGCUGUCCUCCCGCGUCUGCCCGCCGGGCAGGCCUUUCGCCCGGCAGCCAGCGCCCCCCCACCUGCCUGGCCCCUUCCCACAGGGGGCUCACGCCACGCCGGUUAGCGUGUUGGCCCCCAAUCCUGCCUUGGGGGACCCCGGGAGGACGCAGGACAACAGUGAGACGCAGGAGCCUGAACACGACCCAGGAGACCCCUUGCCCGGGCUCGAGAAGCCCCCCAGCGCGGGCACCUCGGACAGCAUGCACCUCAAACCGCUACCUCACGCCAUGCCGCCGCUGCGGAGCGGCUGCGCCCAGCAGGGCUCGCCCCGGGACAGGGAGACCCAGGGCCCCGAGCUCCCGGGUGACCCCGCAGCGUCUGAAGACACCUGCCGGGCAGCGACGGGCGAGAGCGCCUGGGCCUCGGGGGGCAGCUACUCUGGCCCCACAGCCCCAGGGUGCUCGCGGGACCUGCCCGCGCUGGCGGCCCGGGGGCCUCUGCCCGAAAACGGAGUGCUGGCCGAGGGACCCCCGUGCGGCGCGGAGGGGCAGGGCCUUGGUGGCUGCGGCCCAGAAAAGCCCCUCUGCGCCCGGGGCGAGACGCUGCAGGACACGGCUGCCCGUGCGGGGCCGGGGCCGGCUGCCCCCCCCGGCGUGGGCCCCGGUGGCCAGUGUCCGGCCCUGUACUUGCCGGGCCUGGAGUACGCCAGCCCGGCCCCGCAUUACCACGGCGGCGCAGGCCUGCAGGGCCUGGGCCCCGCCAUGGGAGCCAAGCCCGCCGGGCCGCAGCCUCCGCACUUCCCCCCGCGGGGCUUCCACCCCGGCACCCCUCACUCUGGGGUGUUCCCGCGGUACCGCCCCCCUCAAGGAAUGCGGUACCCUUACCAGCCGCCGCCUCAGCCCUCUUACCACCACUACCAGCGAACUCCUUACUACGCGUGUCCGCAGAGCUGCCCCGACUGGCAGAGACAGCUCCACGCCCCGGAGAGCCCGGGCGGGCCCCCUCCCAGCCAGCCGCCCCCUCCGAGGCCCCUCUUCUCAGACCAGAACGCCAUGGCCAGCCUGCAAGGCUGCGAGACACUGAAUGCUGCCUUAACGUCCCCCACCCGCAUGGACGCGCUGGCCACCAAGGUCGUGGCCGCCGAUGGGCUGGACCCUGGCCCAGAGGGGGAGAAGCUGGAUGAGUCUUUGGAGAGACCAGAGAGUCCCAAAGAGUUUUUAGACUUGGACAACCACAACGCCGCUACGAAGCAGCAGGGCGCGCUGUCGGCCAGCGAGUAUCUCUACGGAGCGCCACCCGCCCCUCUGAGCUCUGGGAUGGGGUUCCCGUCCCCCGCGUUCCCGCCGCACGGGGGGAUGCUGCACACGAGGCCUUCCUACGCAGCCCCACGGCCGGCUGCCCACUUCCAGGCCAGGGCCUACGCCUCCGCUGCGGCCACCCAGCCCAACGGCCUCCCGCCGGAGGGCCCCGUCUACCGCUGCCCCGAGGACGGCCUGGGCCACUUCCAGGCUGUGAUGAUGGAGCAGGCAGGCCCCGCAGGGGCCAUGAGGGGGCCCUUCCAGGACGUGUACAGACCCUCGGGGGUCCAGGUGCAGCCCGUGCAGCCGCCGCCCUCCUUCCCAAAGACCCCAGCCCCCGCUGCGCUGCAGGAGGAGCUGCCGCCCCGCAAGCCCCCGACACUGCCCCUCGAUCAGAGCUAGUCCAAGGACGAGACAGCCCCCGAGGAGACAGGCUGCACGGGGACGGGGACACAGCACGCGGGGGCGGCCGCGCCUGUCCGUGUGCACCGCCACAGCGCACCCCGCAUGCCGCAGCCCUCGGAGCACACGCCUCGGACCAGCACCGCGGCCAGCAGGGCCCCGGCGGGGUCUCCUGCACGCCUGGUGGUCGGGAACAAAUGAACUGGAAUUGGUGGUGGCUUUUCUAAGUCCUGGGACUGUUGCUUUAGGAGAAGUCGUCUGAACUGCAGGGGAGGGGGGCUGCGUGAGAACAGAGGUGCUUGUAGAUGUUCACGAGCAGCUAAACUCAGGUACACAUUUGGGGAAGGAACUACUCGUAGUAUUAAUGUUCGGAGCUGGGUCCAGUUUACAGAACUUUCA